AUGUCGUCUGCUGGUGAUAUAUCUGACGCUCUCUCCAAGAUUGAAGAAUAUUUACAACCUACAAGUGUAAAUAUAACAGAAAAAUGUACGAGUGCCAAACAAUAUUUUGAAACCGAAGAUGGAUCGGUAAAUCCAGAUAAAUUGAAGGAGCUGCUGUCUCAUCUUCAAGAGCUGUAUGGACAUCUGCCGCAGUUCACUAGUGGUGAUCCCAACCAGCUGUUGCUUGGCGUGGUAGGUGUAGUGUCAUCUGUGUCCUCUUUGACAGGUUUGGGUGCACCCGUGGUUCCCGUCAUUUGUGGGGUGUUAAGUAAAGUUUUCUCCUCUUUUGGGGGUAACACAGUCACCAUAGGGAAGGUUGUCGAAGAUGAAAUCAAACGAACAUUUUCUGGCCACAACGAUGAAACACUACAACAGGAAGGCGAUGAUCUCCACCUUUUAUAUCGGUUUGCAUUUGACUUCCUUAACCAAACAGGAGGGAAAGCGGACCUUUCGGAGCAUGAUAUAACAAAUAUAAAUAUUCAAAUGAAUAUUUUCCAAGGUGCCACGUUUCUUCGCAAGCUCGGAAAGCUAAUAAAAGAACUUGCAAAGGAACAUAAAGAGAAUGACCAAAACAAAAAGAUCGAGAAGGCCAAGAAAGCAAUGCAAUUUAUCGAGUUAUACAUAAAGCUUGCAUCACUGCGUGACAUGAUUCUGAGUCAGUUCUAUACAAUCACUAACUCCACAGCCCACAGUCAACAUCUGGCCGGAGGUAUACAACGCGUGAUCGGCUCCUUUGAUGAACAAGACAGAGAAGCUCUCAGUAUGUUUCUCAAACCCACAAAAGAAUACGUCUACAUUGUUUCCUACAUCAAGGAAGAAAACUUUGACCUUCUUAUGAAGUUUCUUGAACAGAAAAACCUUUUGCAAGAUCAAAGCUGGAUUACUCAAGGAGAUUUCGAACUUUGUUCCGUGAAAUGGAUGAAAUAUCACGCUACACACCUGAAGACUCACACGUCAUUCUUUGGAGAAGGGGAUUUGAGAUUCUUGCGCGGCAGCAAAGAGAAAGUGGGACCGGAAUCAUUAUUUUGUUUUGAAAAAGUUCGGAGGAAGGGGAAUUACGUUUAUAUAAAACAGCGGGAGAGUUCAGACGAAUUUGUGAGUAUGACAAAAGGCUCAGAUAGAUGGCUGAUGUCCGUUAAAGAGCAAGGGCCUGAGUGCGAGUGGAAGGUCAUCCAGAUGGAGAACGGGAACUUUGUGUUUUCACCGCAUGCCUUUCCUGAUUAUUUCAUGGGUAUGUCCAAAUUGUUAGAUGGAAGUCUUGCUGGAUUCCUUGGUUGUUCCAGUAGACGAUGCCAUUGGACACUUCGGGCAUCAAAAUGA